CCAAACGUGCUUAUCUAUCAGGAGUGACUGUGGGUUCGGAAAAGUCUUUACUGUCGAUCUAAUAAUAUGCAACAUCACGAUGCACGACAGGUUGUAAUCAAACCAAAAUAUUACAGUGUUGCUAAUAGAGUGCAACGAUACGAUGCUCAGCAAAUUAUUAAAGAGUUAUUGAGUGUUUUGCAAUGGCGUUUGGACGAGAAAGACUCAUUGAUCGAUUUGGGUACUGGGUCUGGUGAUGUUUUAAUGGAUUUCAUUUACCCGCUUUUGCCAAAGAAUUUCACAAAACUCGUUGGAACAGAUAUUUCCUCAGAAAUGGUAGAACAUUGCAAAAGGAAUUAUUCUCAAAGUGAAAAUGUGAAGUUUAAAGUUUUGGAUAUUGGAACGGAAAUAUUGCCAAAAGAGUUAAUUGGUGAAUUUGAUCAUGUUACCUCGUUUUAUAGCAUCCAUUGGGUUCAGAAUCAACGAUUGGCUGUGGAUAAUAUCUACCGAUUGUUAAAAAGUGGUGGAGAUUGUUUUCUAGUUUUUCUUUCAACCCAUUCAAUAAAUGAAACUUACGAUAUUGUUUCGUUGAAUCCAAAAUGGGCACCUUAUAUGAAAAAUAUCAAGAAUUACUAUUCUCCAUUAUUUCGAAGCAAGGAUCCUAGAUCCGAAUUUAGUGAAAUACUCAAAGAUGCUGGAUUCGUUGAUGUAAAGGUCGCAGAACUGAGUAACUAUUCGAAUGAAUUGCUGCACUAUGUAAUAUCUUCUUUCUUUGUUUAUUGUACAGAUACUUACAGAGCAGUGAACCCUUUUAUUCAUCGGGUGCCUGUUGAGAUGCAUGAAGAGAUUUUGGAUGAAAUCAUUCAUACUGCAAUCGAGUUAGGAAAUGAAUCGAAUAAUGGUAAUCCUGGAUGUAUAGCAACGUAUAAGUUGAUUGUUGCUUAUGCGAGAAAGUUAUAA